AUGGGGCCCACAUCAAGUCACCAUAGGGCCCACACCACGUCACCGUGGGACCCACACCACGCCACCAUGGGGCCCACACCACGUCACCGUGGAGCCCACACCUCGCCACCAUGGGGCCCACACCACGUCACCGUGGGGCCCACACAACUCCACCGAAGGGCCCACACCUCGCCACCGUGGGAGCCACACCUCGCCACCAUGGGGCCCACACCACGUCACCAUGGGGCCCACACAACUCCACCGAAGGGCCCACACCUCGCCACCAUGGGGCCCACACCACGCCACCGUGGGGCCCAUACAACUCCACCGAAGGGCCCACACCACGUCACCAUGGGGCCCACACAACUCCACCGAAGGGCCCACACCUCGCCACCAUGGGGCCCACACCACGCCACCGUGGGGCCCAUACAACUCCACCGAAGGGCCCACACCACGUCACCAUGGGGCCCACACAACUCCACCGAAGGGCCCACACCACGUCACCGUGGAGCCCACACCUCGCCACCAUGGGGCCCAGAGUACACCACUGUGGGGCCCACACCACGUCACCGUGGGGCCCACACCACGUCACCGUGGGGCCCACACCACGUCACCGUGGGGCCCACACCACGUCACCGUGGAGCCCACACCACGUCACCAUGGGGCCCACACCAUGUCACCGUGGGGCCCACACCACGUCACCGUGGGGCCCACACCACGUCACCGUGGGGCCCACACCACGUCACCGUUAAGCCCACACCACAUCACCAUGGGGCCCACACCACGUCACCGUGGGGCCCACACCACGUCACCGUGGGGCCCACACCACGUCACCGUGGGGCCCACACCACGUCACCGUUAAGCCCACACCACGUCACCAUGGGGCCCACACCACGUCACCGUGGGGCCCACACCACGUCACCGUGGGGCCCACACCACGUCACCGUGGGGCCCACACCACCGUGGGGCCCACAACGUCACCGUGGGGCCCACACCACGUUACCAUGGGGCCCACACCACGUCACCGUGGGGCCCACACGACGUCACCGUGGAGCCCACACCACGCCACCGUUAAGCCCACACCACGUCACCAUGGGGCCCACACCACGCCACCGUGGGGCCCACAACGUCACCGUGGGGCCCACACCACAUCACCGUUAA